UAUAUACUUCAUAAUUCAUUUAAGAUUGAGGUCCAAGUUGCCCUUCUCUGCGUGUGGGCGUCAUGGAAUCUGAAGGAGCUCCGGGAGUAGUGGAAAUGUUCUUCUUUCCCUUCGUGGGCGGAGGCCACCAGAUCCCAAUGAUAGACACAGCCAGAGUGUUCGCAUCCCACGGAGCCAAAUCCACCAUAAUAGCCACACCCACUAGCGCUCCCCUGUUCCAAAACUCCAUUCUCCGCGACCAACAAAUCGGCCGCCAAAUCUCCAUCCACGCCCUCCGAUUACCAGAAGAAGCUGUCGCGCCAGACGCGGGUAUGUCCGCCACCCCUUUCACCGACACCUCAGUCCUCCAAGAGCCUCUCAGGCUCUUCCUACUUGACCGCCGGCCCGACUGCAUCGUCGUCGAUUGGUUCUACGGCUGGGCGGCUGAGCUCAUCGACGGGCUCGGAAUUAAAAGGAUUUUCUUCACCGGAAGUGGGAUCUUCUCUCGCUGUGUCAUGGAGAAUCUUAGACGGUACGCGCCGCAAGAGAAGGUGGGUUCGGACUACGAGCCUUUUUUGGUGCCGGGUCUUCCAGAUCCGAUCGUGUUGACGAGGUCUCAGCUUCCACCUUUUGCCAGAAAGAUAUCUGCGGCUGAUGAAAGGCUGCGUAAAGCAGAGGAGACGAGCAUUGGGUCGCUGAUGAAUAGCUUCUACGAUUUGGAUCCAGCUUACGUUGAGUUUUUCAGGAAGGAGAUGGGAAAGCAGGCUUGGAUUAUAGGACCGGUGUCUCUAUGCAAUAGAAAUGUUGCAGAUAAGGCUGAGAGAGGCCAACAAGCCACCAUUGAUGAGCAAAGUUGCUUGAAGUGGUUGGAUGAUAAAGAACCCGACUCUGUUCUUUAUAUCAGUUUCGGGAGCUUGGCUCGCUUUUCACCCCAACAGCUCAUCGAGAUUGCUCACGGUCUCGAGGCGUCCAACCAUCCAUUCAUUUGGGUGGUCGGAAAGAUCUUCAUGAAAUCGGAGGGUACUCGCGAAGAGGAAGAAAAUUGGCUUCCCGACGGAUUUGAAGAGAGGAUUAAGGAAUCAAAGAAGGGAUGGAUAAUAAGAGGGUGGGCGCCGCAGUUGUUGAUACUAGAGCAUCCUGCAGUGGGAGCGUUCAUGACUCAUUGUGGGUGGAAUUCUACGUUGGAGGGAGUGAGUUCCGGCGUACCGAUGAUCACAUGGCCUAUCACGGCGGAGCAGUUCUUCAAUGAGAAACUGUUGACUGAUGUUUUGGGAAUUGGGGUUCAAGUUGGGAGCGUGGAGUGGAUGUCGUUUAAUGUUGAAAAGAAGGCGUUGGUGGGGAGGGAGAAGGUGGAGGUGGCAGUGAAAAGGUUGAUGGGUGGUGAUGGUGCUGAGGCCGGCGGGAUGAGAAGGAGAGCUAGAGAGCUUGCAGAGAAGGCCAAGAGAGCUGUUGAAGGAGGAGGAUCUUCUGAUAAGGAUGCUAAUGCGUUAAUUGAGGAGCUUAAAUCCUUCAGGAAAGACACUUGAAAGGGGAAGACAAAGCUGCUGUGCAAGAUUAAUUAUGCACAGUACAUUUUCGAUAAAAUGCCGAAAUAACCAACACAAGACAAUAUCCACAAGCGAUUCCAUUAAAAACAGACUACAUCUACUCCUUCAAGGAUCUGGCAUGCAGGUUUCAUAACGAAAGAAGGUUGUACUUCCUACUUUCAUGAAAGUUAAUAAUGAAAAUGGAAAAUAAAGACAAUUGCCAAAAUAAAAUAAACAUAGAGAAUUUUACAUAGUUAUGGCCUAUAUCUACAGCCUAUAGGUAUGAGGGCUAUAUAUAUAUAUAUAUAUAUGUAUAUUCACUUGAUAGAAACUGAAUAAUAGAAUAGCUUAUUUAUAGUUGAAUGAGGCCGGGAAUACAAUUACUAUGUAAUGGAUAUGUAACGUAUGAAAAUUAUACGAGUUACAUAACUAAUAUGUAACAUAUGAGAAUUAUGAGAGUAAUGUGUGACAAUUACAUAAUCAAUAUGUAAUGUAU